UGGAAGGAAACUAAUUUUGAUGUAAAUCACUUAUUUGCAGUGAAAAAUGGACUAUUGCAUUUGCUGUUCACAAUAAUCCAAAAAGUGUGGUGAAAGCUUUAUUUGGGUGGAAGGAAUUGAUAUUAAUUAAUGCAGUGGACAAAGAUACAUUUGGCUGUUAAGAAGUCAUAUAUUGCUAUAGUGAAAAAUCCGUUAGAAGGAAAUGUCAAUGUAGAUGAUGAUGAAGAUAAAUGCACUCCUUCACAUUGUAUCAAGGGUGCACAGGCAACGGAGACUCUAAUAGAAGCAGGCGCAAAUGUUAAUGCAGACGAUAAAGAUAAAUGCACUCCCUCACAUGUAUCACGGGCGUACAGACAGCAGAAACUAAUAGAAGCAGGGGUAUCG